GAGUUUUCGGAGCUAGCAAUAUCGUCAAGUUCCUACAUUUUUAUGCGACUAAAGCUGAUCGCAAAUUCGAGAAGGAACUUCAGUUUUAUUACAAGGUUAGAGAUACGGUUGCCAGUUUGACUGCACAAAAGCCCAUUACUAAGGCAACACUUGUCCAACCCCCACGCCUCUUUGUUGUGGGACUCCAUCAGCUUUUUACCUUCACACCAAGCUCCAACCACUGCAAUCAUUUCUGAAUUACUAUGGCGAUUGGCGGCAUUAAACAAGCUAGAGAUCUGCCUCUACUCAUGAAUCGCGUCAAGUGAGCCAAGGAAACAAGGCCAAGUUACAGUGAUGACUGUGGAGGGGUUUUGUCAGUGUUGCCAUGUCAUCCACCAAAUGUUUGAUAUUUUACCCAUCUGAGAACCAAUACUCUCUUCUCCAUUUGGUUUUACAAAUUUGGCUUAUCCAAAAUGGCAUUGCUUCUGUUUAAGAAACCAACUAGUCUCACGUUGCUAGUGAGUUCCCAUUUCCUCUCAAUGGUGUCUAGUUUUUGCUCAAAGGCUUCUGCUAUUGUGGAGAAGACAAACAGCACGCUCACAAAAGCAUCUGUCGAUAACAGACGAAACCCUUCUGUGAAUUACUCUAGUAAUAUUCAUCUUUCCCCAUUAUUCAGCCAUGGGAGACCUUGUUUGGAUCGUUAUGAUAUUGAGCUUGUGGACAAUGAUACAUGGCAAAUUUCAUCAGGUUUAGCUCAUGCCUACAAAGGGUUGGAUAGGGAAAUGGAAAGGCAGUCUCAGUCUGCUACUGAAGCAUAUGAUGAGCAGGUUGAUUAUGCAGCAUCUUUGAAGGGUGACCCUGAUUUUGACGAGAUUGAUAGUAUGAGGAUUCGGGGCAAUCUUUUUUAUAAGCUUGACUGGGACUCCAAGGAGUUUGAAGAGUACAGUUUUGACUUUCACAGGAAGAAAUCCUCAAAGAGAAAGGAUGGUCCCAAGGGAAAGGAAAAGAAGGAAUCUUCAAAGAUGGAUGAUACCAGAAAAGAAAUCAAAAAGAAGGAAAGCCCAAGUUGUACUUCAGCUCUUGCAGUUAAAAACCUUCAACAGAUAGUGAAGAAUGAAAGUGUCUAUUCUGUGCUUCUUGAUGAUAUGGAUGGCUCUUGCAGUGUUGGGAAAAAGAAGGUUAGAACACCAACUUUCAAUCAGCUGACUGCUCCUUACCAUGAACCAUUUUGUUUGGAUAUUUUCAUAUCAAAAGCCUCUGUCCGUGCCUGCAUUAUUCAUCGGGUUGCAAGCAAGGUGGUGGCUGUGGCACAUUCGAUAUCUAAAGACAUAAAAUUUGAUCUACCCUCAACAAGGAAUGCAGCUGCUUGUGAUGCCGUAGGAGCAAUUCUAGCACAAAGAGCUUUGGCAGAUGAUAUUCACAAUGUGGUUUACACACCAAGAAAAGGUGAGAGAUUGGAGGGUAAGCUUCAGAUUGUGCUUCAGUCUAUUAUAGAUAAUGGCAUUAAUGUGAAGCUGAAGCUUAAACAAAGGAAGCCUCAGACGGCUAGACUCCCACAUAGACCUAGUGCUUAGAGCAUUAUUGCCUAAGUGGCUGUAUAUGGACUAUGGAGUCACCUUAUUCAUCUGGCUGUGUAUAGGGCCUCCUCAUUCGUCUGCUAGUGUUGCUCUAUGGCCAUGGUAAUAUUGUUGCAACUUGCAAGAACUAGAUCUUUGAUGCUUGAAACUAAUUUCAGACUUCAGAAGCAAUCCUACUUCAAAAGCAGAGACUUUUAGUCAUGACUUCUGGUUGAGAAGUUUUAGGAAUGGCACGAGUCCCUAUAAUAUUUUCAAUGCGAAACAUGGAGGUUUUCUUUCAACAGCCAUUUCAUUUAAGUGUUGUGCUGAGUUGCAGUCAGACAGGAAAUCACAUCAUCAUGAAAAGUGGCAAACUUUCAGAAUAUUUCUGCUUCCAGUUCAUAUUGCUUGCGAUAACAAAGCAGAGCAAGCCAGUCUACUACAGAAUGUUUUGUUACUCAUGCGAAGAAGAGAGAAUAGCCUUGCAAAAUGUCUAGUGUAAUUACAGUAUCUAAUUGUGAUGCACAAAUGCUUGAAUAAAUUAAAGGCCUGUUUCCCACGAUUAAACUUUUACAGUCUGAUUAAAUUGUAGGGUCUUGUAGAAAAAUAUGCUCUUCAAUCAAUAGGAAUGUUAUAGAUGGCGGAUUCAUGAUGUAUAAAGUGAAUUAAUAUCAGUAUGAUAUCAAGGCUUUUUUUCUCGUCUUGAUUCA